CUGCAAUUCCAUUUCUGAAAAGAAUGAGAAGCAAAAAACAAGAAGGGGAUCAUGAGAUGAUCUUUGGAGAACUCAUUAGUCAGAACAGUGAUGGAAAAUCAGUUCCUGGAAAAUCAGUUUCCAUUCAACUAUACAGCUCCACCAAGGUUGACCCAAGCACUGGAAAAGGGAAGCUGAGCAAGAAAGCAAACGUUAAGCAAGGGAAGAGCAUCACAGACAAGAUUAGAGGAAUCAAAACCUCAUCGUACAGGUUCGGAGUUGCUGUCAAUCCAGAUUUUGGACUUCCAGGGGCUUUCGUUGUUAAAAACCAUCACAAGCACGAGUUUUAUCUUCAGUCCUUGGUUCUCCAGGCUCAAGAUGAUACGCUGAUUCAUUUUGAAUGCAAUUCUUGGAUUUAUCCCUCCCAGCUAACUCAAGUGGACCGGGUUUUCUUCUCCAGCAAUUGUUAUCUUCCAAAUGAAACGCCAAAUGGGCUGCUGGAGCUGAGGAAAGAAGAGCUGCUCAGCUUGAGAGGAGAUGGAACGGGACAGAUAGAAGAAUGGGAUCGGAUUUAUGAUUAUGGAAAGUAUGAUGACCUUGGUGAUCCUGCUAGAGGGCCCAAAUAUGUUAGACCUGUCCUGGGAGGAUCUGAUGUGUAUCCAUAUCCACGCAGAGCAAAAACUAGUCACACGGAUAGUAACAAUGGAUCCAAAAGUCUGGAAAAAACCAACCAGAAGGGAGUGUUUGACAUAGAGAUUACGGUCCCUCCGGAUGAAAGAUUUAGCCCUGAGAAGCUAUCAGAGCUAACCAAGAACAGUAUCCAGGCUGCUUUGCAUUUUGUUGUUUCUCAGGGAAAAUCAGAUUUCAGAGAUUUCAAAGACACGAGGCCUUUCCACUCGUUCAUUGAGAUGUAUGGGCUAUUUAGGCGGUACAAAAGCCAUGAAGUAGACGAAUGGGCAAUAAAGAAACUGAGAACUCUAGUACCUGAUGAGCUUUUCAAGAAGAUAAAACGUGCUAUCAAAGAGUACACAGUGAGAUUUCCUCUGCCUCAAAUCAUAAGAGGAGAUGAGUUUGCAUGGAAGGAGGAUGAGGAAUUUGCACGACAGAUGCUUGCAGGAACUAAUGCAACAGUAAUACAAUGUUUGCAGAAAUUCCCACCGGAAAGCAGUAAAGGGGUGGUCAGCUCCAUCAAACUAUCCCGCAUAAAGCAUAAUCUUGACGGCUUGACUCUUCAAGAGGCAAUGAAUCAGUGGAGGAUCUUCAUACUGGAUCACCAUGAUUAUCUCAUGCCAUUUUUAGAGAGAGUUAGCCAACAUGGCAUAUGUGCCUACGCAUCCAGAACUCUAUUAUUCUUGAAGGAUGAUGGCACACUGAAGCCACUGGCAAUAGAACUUUGUUUUCCAAAUUCUUCAUCUGGAUCUGAGAGUGAAAUUCAGAGGGUUUUUUAUCCCAAAGCUGAAGAAUCUGAGGCGGCCAUAUGGCAUCUUGCUAAAGCUCACGUCGCUGUUAAUGAUUCUGGCUAUCAUCUAUUAAUCAACCACUGGUUAAAAACUCAUGCGGUUGUUGAGCCAUUUAUAAUUGCCACCAGAAGACAGUUAAGUAGGAUGCACCCAGUCCACCGGUUACUGGAACCGCACUUCAAGGACACUAUGCACAUCAAUGCACUGUACAGGAAAGUGGUUAUGAAUGCAGGUGGGAUCUUGGAGAAGACCCUUUUCACUGGUGAAGUCUCGAUGGAGAUCUCUUCUGCACUCUAUAAACACUGGAGAUUUGAUGAACAAAGCCUUCCAGCUGAUCUUAUUAAGAGGGGCAUGGCAUUUUAUAACCCGGAACAUCCGGCUGGGGUGCAGCUUGUUAUUGAAGAUUAUCCAUAUGGUGCAGAUGGACUAGAGAUAUGGGUAGCAAUCAAGAAAUGGGUAGAAGACUUCUGUUCACACUUCUAUCAUGAUGAUGAGUCCUUAAAAUCUGAUAAUGAGAUCCAAGAAUGGUGGUCAGAGAUUCGAAACAUUGGUCAUGGCGAUAAGAGCACCGAAACAUGGUGGUCCUCAAUGACCACACUCUCUGAGCUAAUUGAAGCUCUAACAACUCUCAUAUGGCUUUCCUCUGGUUUUCAUGCCUCAGUGAACUUCGGGCACUAUGGAUACACCGGUUAUCCACCAAACCGUGCUACAAAAUGCCGGAGAUUCAUUCCCUAUGAAGGGACUAUGGAGUUUGGUGACUUUCUUGAGGACCCAGACAGGUAUUUCCUAGGAAUGUUACCAAACAGGUUUGAUGUUACCCUGCACAUGGCAUUGGCAGAGGUUGUGUCAAGGCACGCAUCAGAUGAAGUGUACCUGGGACAGCAGCAAUCACCAGAUUAUUGGAUGGGCGAUGAAUGGAUUCAGCAUAGGUUCAGGAGAUUCAUAAAGGAGCUUACAGAAGUAGAGAAAAGAAUUCGGGAAAGAAACGCAGACCUUAGGCUAUCGAACAGAUGGGGUCCUGCAAAAAUUUCUUACACGCUUCUGUGUCCUGAUGUCUCCAAUUCUGUGUCUGGCCGGAGCCUCUCGGGGAGAGGAAUACCUAAUAGCAUCUCCAUAUGAAAGCUGUAACAAUCAAGACAGAUUCUUUUCAACAAUAUCCAAAUUUGACACUAAAUCAUUUCUACCAGAUAUGGUGUUGUAUGAAGAUCAAUUCUUUCAGUAUUACAUAAACUAUAA